CACGCCCCCUCCCCACCCUCAGGGGCCCCGUUAGCGUUCCGGCUGCCAUAGUUACCGAGUCCGUCCAGGGCGGGCGGGCGGCGGGGGGGGGGCUAGUUGUGCCGCACGUCCUGUGUGGGGACCGAAAGGUCCCCUUCUCCAACCUCUCCACCCCGUGCCUCCCCACCCGGCGGGUGGGACAGUGGGGCCGCCUUUGCCGCCGCCCUCCUCUUCCUUCCCCAUAAUGUCGCCAAGCAAGGGCUUCCUCUGCGUUCUGGAGCUGCAGAUCCGCUCGGUGAGGCGAAAUAGGCGGCGGGGAAAGGAUUAAGCGCGCGCGGCGGGGGCAAGAUGGUGGACUCUGGGUGGGACACGGGGGAUGCGAGAGGGGAAAGUGGACAGGGAACGGGGGCCAAGAUGCCAGGGCGAAAGGGGCGCCUCCGGGAGAGACCUGGAGGAAGCGAUUUGGGGAGCCUUCAAAGUUUUCUUCCUUUGUGGGGCUGCUCUUUCGCCUUCAGGUUCUUCCACUCUUGCUUUAAGACGAAAUAAAAAGCCUCCCCCCAAUAAUGAGAGUGGGGCGAGAUGGGGGGGGGCGCACUCUUGACUUAAUCCUGGCAGGGGUUUUUUAAUUCCUCCUAACGGUGUUGGCGGAAAUCGGGAGGGUGGAGGACCUGGUGCAUGAAUCCUUGUUAAGACUGAUGCGCCUGUUCUGUGACACACUUGCUGCCGCUGAUGGAUUUGUUACAAGCAAAGCUGCCCAGUCAGAAAACGUGGUUUUAUUUGAUUUGUUUCUAAAAUCCUGCCCCAUCCAACUUUUUCUUUUCCCCUUUCUACUGACUGACGUUCUCGAGUACAUCUGGAAACUUCAUUUUGCCUCUUCUCCCCCCCCCCCCAAACUUCCUGAAAUGCUUCAGUAACCGUUAGAUUAAAUCUCCUCCUCUCCAUUUCCUCCUGACCAAUUAGACGCCAACGUUUUGCUUUUUUUGCAAACUCUGCACCAAUCCCUGUGUGGAAUGUGAGUUGGGCACAUCUGGUGCUGAAUGCAAUUAAUCAGCUGCUAAAAUACUUGCAGGAGUGACAAGUUUUGCAUGCAACACUUGGGCAAAUCAUGGCUUAGUGUGAAUGUGCAGGUCCCCAGAGAAAAGAUCAUGGUUGCUUUGCUCUUUCUCCUGUCCUCCAGCGGUUGUACUGCUGUGAGCUAAGCCAUGGUUUGACUUAGUGUGCUGUUCAAACCUGGGCAUGUGUCUCACUCCAGACAAACCACAAGCUAUAACUUUGUUCAUGAUGAUGGUUACUUGUUUCCUGUUCUUUAUUUGCUGGAAAGUUUGGAACACGAAAAAAAGAAGUGGAGUUCAUCUUUCUCUGAACCCCAAAGUAAAGUUUUUAUGACCCUGAAUCCCCAAAUAAAUGUUGGGAUGCCCCAUGUCAUAUGUCUCCAUGAUCCUGGGGGACUUUCCCCCUUCAAGCCCAACAAUAAUGGUUUUCAUGUCUGAGAACUGGGGAGAGAACCAGUCUUAGAUGGAGUCUCUUUCUACCUGAAGCAGCAGGUACUAACUUCAGGCCCAGGUGGCUUCAGUGCUCAGGAGUAUCAGGCAUAGGCUGACCACAGUGACCUGUGCUCUGAUACGAUGCCAUUUGAACCACUGUAAUAUGCUAUAUGUGGGACUUCCUCUGGGGACAAUGUGGAAGCUGCAGCCAGCACAAAAUGUGUCUGCAUGGGUUGGGAGUUGUUUGUGGAUAAACAAUCAUUUAACACUCUAGUACCAGCUCCCUUUCUGCCAGUCAGCUCAAUUCAAGGUGUUGACUCUAAUGUGUAGAGCCCUAAAUAGGUUAGGGCCCAAUUACUUGAUGGAACAUCUCACCCAUAUCUGCCAAGUUGAGUUCUGCAAUUUGGUGGUGUAGGAUCUUACAGUUUCACUGGCUGAAAGGGCCUUUUUACAGUGAUGCAGGUGGGAUCCACAGCCUUCUUUGUGGUGGCAAUCUGCUGGUGGAACUUCCACCCCACCCCCCGGGCAUCCAGCUGUCCCCAUCCUGACCCCCCCCCAUAAUUGAUGACUUUUAGAAAACUGCUUAAAACACUUAUUUUCACCCAGUCAUUUGAAAGGUCUGUGAGUGGAAUUGAUGAUUCUAAUGCAGCUGCUGAGCUGUUGUAUUGGUGUAAUGUGAUGCUUUAAUUACGCUGAAAUUGUUUUAUUGUUUUAUCUUGUGUGUUCAUUGCCCUGGGAUCCUAUUGGAUGAAGGGCGAUCUUUAAAUGUAAAUAAUAAAUAAACACACAUUUCAAUAUUGGUUUCAUUUUUCUCGUAGCUUGAACUAAAAAUUCAAUACAGACUGCACUCUUUGAUUCAGGGCUGCUCCUGAAAAUGGCAUCGCCAUAUCUAGUUUUCCCCCUCUCCUGUAACAUGUAUAAAUAUGUUUUUCUUUCAUUUUUAAUUGAAACAAAACUAUAUGAAAUUACUGCAUUAUCAUAUCGAUAGAAGUUUGUGUAGAAAUACUUAAUGUUGUGACAUUAUGAUAUGCUUCAUUUCCUUGCCUGUGGCAGCUGCAGCCAAAGAUGCUGAGCAGGGGCAGACAGAGAAUUCAAUAUAGGGAUGCAGUUUUUUUAGCAGCAACCCCAUGUUGGCAUCAAGUAGCUAUACAAAUUUUGUGACAUAAUUGAACAUUGAUCUUCCAGAUAACAUGUCCGGGAGUUACCCUGAAAGCCAAAGAUGACCUUUAUAUCAGUGCCCGCAUUCUAGGACAAUAUAAGAAGACAUCGUCUGUUCGUGCAAUAUUUCCCCUUCUAUUUAAUGAAAAACUGAUAUUUGAAAAGGUAAAUGUUCACCAUGUCCUGGGUAUGACAUUCAGUGCGUUACUGGCAUUUUGAUCUAAGCACUACUUACAUGGAUGGAAAAUGCAAUGUACAUACAGUCGCAUGAACAAAAGUUUCCUCUCUGCCUUAACUGUUUAUUGUUAGCCCUGUGCAUAGUUUCCUGUUAUUCAUGCAUGUCUGACUUCACACUGAAGUCAACAGGGAAGCCCACCCACAUGGGAACUCAGUUCCUGUGUUCAAGUGUUAAUUGAUAUUUAGGUUGGAAACUGCAUAUUUUACAGUUAAUAAGUUGAUUCAAGAAUGGUUGUAGGGCAGGGGUGUGACCCCUACAUGUGCUUGGGGUGCAACUUCCAACAUUGCCAGCUAGCAUGACCAAGUGACCAGGGAUGAUGAGAGUUGUAGUCCAACAUCAGAAGAGCUGCAAGUUCACAACUCUGUUGUAGGGUGCAUAUGUGAGUCCUUCCCAGUCUUGCAUUAUCCAUAUUCUCCUGGCCUGUUUGCUGUUCAGUGAAGGUAGCUAUUCACAGGCAGUUUUUCUGACUUGUAUAGUAUCAUGGCUUAUGGCACCACCCGCCCACACAGGUCUUUGUAGCCCAUACGGCCUAGCUUGCUAGAAUUAACACCACUUUCAGUCAGUUCUCACAAGUGUAUCUUAUCAUGUACUCUAAAAGUGAGUUGAUACUCUCAUUACUCUUCAUUAGUACCGGUAAGUGCCUAAUAAAGUAACCAAUAAAGAAUACCAGCUCCCAUUUGGUAGUAAGCAGUGGGCUUUUCCAUUGUGUUGAAAGCAACACAGAUUUACAUUCCUGUUAUUUAUGGUUGAAUAUAUGACUAAAGUAAUACUGGAAAGGGCAAAAAUCAGUGAAGAAAAUGGGUUAUUUCUGUGAAAAAGCUUGUGUCUCUGUGUCAAAUUAUGAAUCUUGGUUUUUGCUUUUUCUUUGAAAGAAAUGAGUGCAGUUUUCCUUUUCCUUUCCUUUUAAAAUUAUGGUAGCCAUAUUCUAUGUCCUUGUUAUAGCUGAGGCCAACUUGUUCCAUUUCAUUUUCUUAAAUUUUCAUUUUAGGUAUAUACUGAUGUAGUUGACCCAGGAGACCUUGUUGAACUAUUUGAACGUAGGUUUUAAAAAACUUUUUAUCUCUAUUAUAUUCUUUGCAUGAAAUUACUUUAAAGUGUAGAGUAUGAAAAGCCAAUGGGAGAUUAGGAAAAAAGCCAGAAUACAGUGGUACCUUGGGUUAAGUACUUAAUUAGUUCCGGAGGUCCGUUCUUAACCUGAAACUAUUCUUAACCUGAAACACCACUUUAGCUAAUGGGGCUCCUGCUGCUGCUGCGCCGCCGGAACACAAUUUCUGUUCUCAUCCUAAAGCAAAGUUCUUAACCCGAGGUACUAUUUCUGGGUUAGCGGAGACUGUAACCUGAAGCGUAUGUAACCUGAAGCAUAUGUAACCCGAAGUACCACUGUAUGGUUUUUUAUGAAUGAUGAGAAAAUGACAGUUGCAAUAUACUAUAAAGUCACCUUCACUUUCUCAAAAAAUAAAUAAAAGAAAGUUUCAAAGUAAGGUGUGCCAAGGAAACAAAAAACACCCUAAGUUAAGAUGAGAAUGUGUUUGUGUUCAUUGGAAUAUCUCACUAAGUUUUAGAUGAAAACCCAUAGAAUUAGUUUAAUUAUGGAUUGCUAUGUAUUCAGUUGGGAAUAUUUUUGAUAAUCUUUUGAAUAACUGGUGCUUUUGUAAUUUUAAAAUUCAGUGAACCUUUGCUCAUUAUCACACUUGCAGAGAUUUGUCAUAAGUCCCCCUCCCCCGAAAAACACAAAAUAUUACUAGUCACUAUUGAAUAUGAGAGAGAAAGAGAGUGAAAAUAGGAUAGCAAAGAGAUUAAAGACAAUGCAAGAAAGCAAGUUAACAAAAGCUCAAGUUAUCUUUUAAUUCUGGGGAAAUAUAAAAUGGUCAUUUUGAUGAAGCUGUGCAGAUCAUGGUCUGACCCAUACCUGGGCCAAGACCACCUAGGAAACCCAUGUAUGCUUCAUUAAAUUUCAUAGAAUCUUAGAAUUGUAGAGUAGGAAGGGAUCCGGAGGAUCAUCUAGCCCAACCCCCUGCAAUGCAGGAAUAUGCAAUCCCAUAUGGCAGAGCUUUCCAAACUGUGUGUCGGGACCUGUUAGUGUAUUGGCUGCAGUGUGUAGGUGUGCCGUGUGAACGUUCUCCACGCUCCUCCCGGGGUUGGGAAGGGGUUAGUUUAACCUCCGUUUUGCUAAUAGAACUGAAUUAUUGUGUUACGAACAGAUGCAUGUUUAAAAAGGGUGUCACCAACAUGAAGAGUUUGGAGAGCUCUGCCAUACGGGGAUCAAACCUGCAACCUUGGUGUUAUCAGCACCACACUCAAACCAACUGAGCUAUCCAUGAUUGAAGAAAGGUGGGGUAUGUUAAAUAAACAAGGGAGAAAGAUUUAGGCUAAAUAUUGACUUGAAGGCUGCAAUUUAAUACUACUGCUUGGUAGCUCUGUCCCAGCUUCUGCCAACCUUGCAAUUCAAAAGCACACCAGUGCAGGUAGAUAAAUAGGUACUGCUGCGGUGGGAAGGUAAAUGGCAUUUCUGUGGGCUCUGGCACUCAACAUGGUGCCCCGUUGUGCCAGCAGUUUAGUCAUGCUGGCCACAUGACCCAGAAAGCUGUCUAUGGACAAACACCGGCUCCCUCAGCCUGAAAAGCAAGAUGAGCCCCAUAGACGCCUUUGACUGGACUUAACCAUCCAGGGGUCCUUUACCUGUAAUUGAGCAGGUGUCAACUUUAUGAAUUACAUGUCACUAAAUAUGGAAAUUAUCUAUGCCAUAUGCUUAUGACAGCAAAACAUAUAGUAAUCAGAACACCAGAGGAUUUGAGCCUACCUUCACACUUCAAGGGUGUUAUACUGCCACAGCGUCUCAAAUAUUAUUCUUAGGGAUGCAGGAGGUUUUGACUGUCUGCCGCAUACCAUGACAUCUACAUAGUUAUUCUUCAGAUAGUACUGAAGCAGACACUGGACAUGCACUGUCUAACUGGUGGAAAACAGCAGCCAACUGAACAACCAGCAAAGGGCAUUCUUCCUGUUACCCCUCAAAAUGGCAGGAAUAAAGAUUUCACUUAAACAACCUCAGGAAGCAGCUGUUGUACCAUAUGUAUCUGGAUUAUCUGAUGUAUGAUAAGCUCUAAAAGUAUAUUAAGUGUCAGAGCAGUCAACCCAUCUGCUCUUACAAGCUAAAAACUAGUAUCUUCACUACUAUUUCACCCUUAAUGUGUCCACUAUCCAUCUCUGCUAAUCAUUGCCUCAUCAAAAUUGUGCAAACCUUUUCUGUUCAGGUUAGAGAAAGUUAAAUUGGUGUAAAGCUUUUCGUUUGCAUCUCCAAACAACUUCUGACUAUAGUUUUCUUCUUUUUUUCUAGGUGACACAACAGUACUUGAAUUAAUACAAACUGUUCCUCCAGGUAUUGAUAAAUUCAUGAAUUAUGGAGCUUUUUAGAGAAAUUUUCAUGAAUGCCUAACAUAUUGCAGAGGACUCUGCUUCUCAGGUUGCAAACAGCAUAGUUCUCAACUAUUCAGAGUCAGCAUAAUAAACCUUCCUUAGCUGUGGAUCUUCCACUGUUGCAUAGAAUCACAAUACACACUAUCCUUACGCCAGGGAAUAUGGUGGCCUCUUCCCUGCUACCUCCCUGUGUUUGUCCAUAUGAUAGCUCAGUUAGAGCGUAGUGCUGAUAAUGCCAAGGUUGCAGGUUUGAUCGCCACAUAGGAUAGUUGCAACUCUACAAUUAUAUGAUUCUAUGAUCUGCACCCUGCAGUUUCCUCACGUGCAGAGCCUACACAGGUGCAUUUAUAUUUUAAACCACAGAUAUACUAGAAACUGCUUUUCUAAACCACUUUUGUAAAAUGUCUGAUGAAUCUCCAUACUGAGUGUCUUGACCACCUGAGCCUUGGCACGUGGGCAAGGGGGAGCAGAGUGUAAUGUUCUCCCUCAUAAGUUCCCUAUGGCUAAUACUCUCCAGGGUUUCAGGAAGGCUAUAAAAGCCUUUCUCCUUCAAAAGUCUGUUUUGUUGGUGGGCUAAUUUUUUUAGGGCAAUCACUAGUUUACAUUUGGUUGGAUCCAGAAUAUUUUCAGUGGAACCCGAUACAGUAUCUAAAUGUUCCCAUGGGGUGCAGCCGUCUAUGUCCCAGUGGAUGGAGGAUUCUCUUGCGGGACCUGGUGCAGGGGGGUAGAGAUUGAAAAAGAGAUCACUGAAAAUAUCCUCGCCCUUCUGCCUCUGGUAGAAUUCAGUUAGCAGACUAGGAGCCUGUGGUUGAGAAACAGGAGUCGCUUCCAUUUUCAGAUGUCUGAGCUGUCAUUUUGCUGCAUCUGGGUUAUUUUUAUUGGCACUUUUAAUUGAAAGAUUGUUUCAAACCUGAUUUAUUGUGGAAUUUUGUAUCAUAUUUUAAAUUCUUGAUAGUCUAUUUUGUAGUUGUAAGGUUGGUUAAACUGAUAAAAAUAAAUUUUACAUAGAUAACUGAACUGCCAAUCAUGCAGCUGUUGUCUAUUUAUGUAAUUAUCCAAUCAUGCACUGGGAAUUAAUCUUAUUUUUCAGUAUCUACUUACAAGCAACAUUCCUUCUCAGGUACAGACAUUGCUAAUAACCAAUUAUGUUCAAUACACAACAUAACCUUCUAUCACUUUUGCUCUGGAUUGUUUUGACAAGGUACUCUUUUUUGCUGGUGUGUUAAAAUUUGAGACCAUAAAUUUUAAGCAGGGAGCUUUCUUGAAUGGAUUAAAAAAAAUCAGUUUAGAUUUAUAUUUUUUGCUUUUUCCUGAUAGCUCUGAUCUGCUUUUUAAAAUCCCAUUAUUAGCCUAUGUAAAUCUAUGUGUUUAUAUGUGUAAUAUGCUUUGAAGGCCUGUAUCUUUGCAAAGAAAAAACCACCACACCUGGUUUUUAGAUGAUUCUUUUCUCUUAUGAGGUCUCAUAGUGUUCAUUUCUAGAAUUUAAUUUUUUGCGAUAUAAUAACUUAAACUUAAACCCCAUCCCUAAAUCUGACUUAUACCCCCAGCACACAAACACACACACAGAGCUCAGGCUCUGGAAAGAAUCAAGUUUCUAAUACUGUUUCCAACCUAUCAUCUAGAAACAUUGCUGCAACAGGUUUUCCAGUUCUUGUAUGAUGUUGCUGUUGUAUGGGCUCAAAAGGCAAAUGCACAACUAGUAGAAUUGCUUAAAAGGUCUUUAGGAUAAUUUUCCAUGUCAAUCAUAUUGGGAGUAGACCUAUUGAAGGCAGAACUUGAUAAUCCAUUGAUUUCAGUGGGUAUGUAUAAAGCUGAAUAUAACCCAUUGGUUUUAGUUGGAAAAAAAUAGGUCUGUAUUUAAUUCUUCUAUUGAAAUUAGUAGGAUUCAAAACUGCUUUACUUCGAUUGGGCUAUCCUUUUUGUAUACAGUCUGGCUUGCCUAUAUUUGAUAAAAAAGAGAAAGCAGGUGAUAUCUGCCCCCCCUAUCAUAUGUAUAACUAUUAUUUUCAGUUGGAGAAAUUCUAGCCACUUAUGAGGAAAAUACAAGAGAUUUCCUUUUCCCUGCUUCUAAAUCAGUCACUGGACAACGAGGGUCAGUUCGUGAAAUUUUAAUGAAGAAGGCCUUUGGUUUUACAGUAAGUGGUGAAAUUGUUCUUUGCUCUGAAAUAUCGCUCAAUACUUUGAUAUGCUCCAUAUACAAUGUGGAUUAUUUAAGAUCCACAUUAUCACAAUAUAUGAUUCAUUGUCCAGGCUUUGGGGAUAUUUGUUUAAGAGAUGUGCUGAAUUAAGGCUUGAUCCAUUUGUACUGUUCUAUGCAGUACAUUUUGUUUCACAGGGCAUAAACUUCCUCUUGCUUAUUUGAAUUGACUUUUUCUGACAUUUUGUUGCUAUGCGACUUGGUUGGGUGAUAUGCUUUUGACUAUUGCCACCACAUGCUAUAAACAAGAACGAUAUUCUGUGAAGGAACCAUAGUUCAGUUGCAGAAUGCAUCCUUUAGAUUCGUCUGGUAUCUCCAUAUAGAAAAUCCCUCUGCCCAAGAACCUGGAAAGCUUAUGUUGGUCAAAUAUUUUAUUUGUUUAUCUAUCUAAUAAAUUUAUUGGCUGCCAUUCGAAAGAUGGUAUUUUCCCAUGACAGCUUAUAAUGUUUAAAUCUAUUUAAAACUGUAUAAAAGAAUAUAACAACAUAAACACAGUUAUGUCAACAGUAAAAACAUUUCAUGUACCACAGCAAGCCAUAGCAGUAUAUAAGACUAUAUUCAACACACUAAUUAAAAGCAAUCCUGAAUAAAAAUAUUUUUAAAACCCACCUAAACUCUAAGGAGUGAACAGUACUGAGCUAGAUGAAUAAGUAGUUGGAAGCAGUAUGAACUUCCCAUAAUAGUGAGAAUUGACUCCUAUUAUAGAAGCCAAGCUGCUGCUGCUUCUGCUUAACAAAAUUUGUUUUUCUCUAUGCCAUUCCUACCUUUUGCAAUUAUCUCCAUUACUGUACUUGGAACAAAAUAUAUCUUGACAGAUCUUUAAUUACAUAGAUUUCACUUUAUUGUAGCUUUUUAAAAAUGGCAUUUCAUUGGCUACCUACAGAUCCUUUGGUGAAUGGCUGCUUUUAGCAAACAUUUUUAUUAGUUCAGCAGAUUCCUAUUUGAGUAGUGAGUGUGCUACUAAAUUCCUUGUUAAGACCCAUUUCUUCAUAUGGAGUCAUUUGGUGCAAUUCGUUUCACAUGAUAUCAGUGCAAGUUGCCUUCAAUAAGUCUAGUUAGGGCAAGGAAACAAUAUAGGCUGAGGAUAAAGACUGGACACAAAUAACAGGAACGGAAUAGGAGGAAACAUUUUCCCCACAAAUGGCAAAUCCUAUGCUACUUCCCCUGUGCCACAUAUUUCUUCCAGUGACUACACCCUCUGCCUGCUACAUGGAGAAAAAUGCAAAAAUCUGCAGCUUGUCAUUCUGGUUGACAGGCAUUGCCUGAUAUUCUCUUUUAUAACCAUGAUGUUGCCCUCACUGCUGGUGGGGUGGGGUGUUUACUUUUGGAAAAGUAAAAGGAGUUUGUUAUAAUUUGUUUUCCUUUGUCCAGCAUUAAGAUGUGGCAAACAAACAUAGGGGAAAUGUAGGUUUUGUGUAAACAAAGGAUAUCAUAAUGUCUCCAUUGUCCAUAUCAAAAAGUUUGAAAGUGAUGUGAGUAAAGGUUGUACAGCAAUACUUGACUUUUAAUUAGUGAUAUGUAACACGCCAUGAAAAUCUUUUUAAAUGCUUUUGACAAAGCAAUGUGUUGAAAUAAACGGCAGACCUUAAUUGUAGUACAAAAGCAAUAUAAUCAUCAGUAAUUGAAUUGUCAGAAAUGCAAAUGUUAUCUUCUUGACAUUUACCAUUGCUGUUCUGUCUUUUCUAAUUAUCUUUAUUAAAGGCUGAAAUUAACAAAGGAAACUGUUAAAAUUAGGAAUGGUUUGUUGCAGUAGGUGACAUUUACUUCUUUGAUACCCUUUAUCUCUCUAGUUGGAGCUUGAUGUUCAAUUAUUGUCUCUCUUCUAGGGAAUUGCACCAAAAUUGAAGUUUUUCACAAGUUGUCUUAUUUCUGAAAACCUGUUACGUUCAGAAAAAGCUCAAAAGCAGGUUAGCAUAACUUAAUUAUCUGCACUUUAAUUUUUAGAUUGAGUAUUGAUAGCUAGAUUGUUUCUUUUGGUGAAAUUCCUCUUAUGAAAGUUUCUCAGAAAUUUUGAUUUGCAUCUUCAAUCAAGUUCAGUAAAAGGCAGCCUGAACAUUACAAAUAAGUGAAUCUAAAAGUGGCAGCUACUUGUGUUUACCCAAGAAUUUAGUAUUUAGCAAUCAAAGAUAGGCAAGUAAUAUUUUAUAGGAAUAAUAAUAAUAGAUAAAUGCAUUAGACACUCUACUCCAAGGGUAACCUGCUGGCACUAGUACCCCCUAUGAUGCCUGCAAAAGAUCCUGGGUAUCAUAUGCCUCCUCAAAUGUCUGCCAUUCACAAGACACUGUUUGCUGUUCCUGUUUACUUCUUGUUGGCGCUGCCUUAACUUCUUCUGCACUGAACAUGUUGCCUUGAACAUGCUCAUAUUUCAUAGAUAGGAAGGACUGGACAUCCAUCUUUCCAUUUGUUCUGAACAGAGGAGAGAUGCAGAUAGGUUCUCCGAGAGUGAGUGCAGCAGUGGUUGAUUUGGGUACUUUUUUAACCCAUUAAUGGAGUGGCAUGCCCUCACCAUUCUGUGGUCUAGUCUCUUUAUCUGCAAUGUUAAGGCCCCCCAAAUGUUUGACAACUCCUGUGUAUGCAACCCCUGCAUAUGCAAGCAAGGCAAAAUACUCCUUCUUAGACCACCACCCUUUGGACCACCACCCAUACACUGUUCUUGAUUGAGUAGGCCAAUGCCAGUACAGUGGUACCUCCGGUUACAUACACUUCAGGUUACAUACGCUUCAGGUUACAGACUCCACUAACCCAGAAAUAGUGCUUCAGGUUAAGCACUUUGCUUCAGGAUAAGAACAGAAAUUGUGCUCCGGCGGUGCGGCGGCAGCAGGAGGCCCCAUUAGCUAAAGUGGUGCUUCAGGUUAAGAACAGUUUCAGGUUAAGAACGGACCUCCGGAACGAAUUAAGUACUUAACCCGAGGUACCACUGUAAUGGUGGAGGAAACUCCUCUGAAAGGAGCAUCAGAGUGUUUCUUUUUUCUAGGCGGUGGAAGAUGGUUCAAUGUUCUUGUAGGGCAGGUGAACCUAAGAUUAGAAGAGAAGCAGAGAGUGGGAAGAAUGAGACACCUCCAAGAACGAAGCUGUGUGUGAUCUUGAGGUUUUGAAGACUUUUGUUCUGGAGACUUUGUGUGUUAAAAGCAAUAUAAUUGUUGAAUAUAAUUGUGUUAUUGAUAGUGAGGCAUAUUCUCUGAAGCCGUUCAUUCUUUCUUAUUGACUCUCUUCAAUUCAGGAUAACUUAGACCAGCAGCAACGUUCAUCCAAAGAUGGAACGCCACAGAUAAGGUCACCAAAAAAGAAUCCUCCCUCACUUGAGAGAAACAGGCAGGGCCUAGCAGCAAAAACGUAUGAGCAGCCCACAGUAGCCUCUCUUUCUCGAUCUCCAUCUCCUUACACCAAAAGGCGAAUGUGUGAGCUUCAGCAACUUAGACAACGCCUGGCCCAUCUAGACCUAGGACCUUUUGAUUUCAGAAAAGAAUCGGAUAGACCUCCAUUUGUAGUUCGACGUGUAUGUAUGCCCUACAGCAAUUCCAAUUUAAGCCAGGAGCAAAUCUUGCUUUUCACAGUUACUCUAAGAAGCCUAUCAUUCAGCUCUUUCUCUUUGUGGCUGCUUAUUUUCUCCUAAGCGCUCUAAAUGUAAAAUAAAGCACUACUCAAGUUCUUUUGUUGAUGCUGGCAGUUGACAAAGAACCUGUUAUUUCAUGAGUGCCAUGUUGAAUUAUUUGUGUGUCUAUUUUCCCACUGCACUGGAUAGCACAAUGGUUGUAUAAAUUCUACUUGAUAGUAGCUGAAAGUUCUAAAAGGACUAAAGCCCUUAUGUUUAUGUGUGUGUGUUUUAAUUAGGCUAUUUUUGUAAAACAAGGAAAACUAAAAAAAAAAAAAAUUCUGGAGAAAUGUCUAAUGUCUAAUGUCAUGAUUUUGUUGACCAGGAGUAUGAUGUGCAUGGCCAAAUGAAGGCCUCAGGCCACACAUAUUUCUGGGUUUGAAAGUGUAUCCAAUGGAUUUCCAACUAUUUUUUCCCUAAAUAUCAUGUAAUGUGUAAAUUGUAAUGUCUUUGAUUCUUUCAAUAGACACUUUACAAAGCAUUAUUCAGACAUAAUGACAAACAAGUGUGUAUGACAAACUGAGGUAAUGAUAAUUUGGCAGGGCUGGGAAUUUGGAAGUCUAAUAGCUUGCACUUCUGUUUUAAGCUAAUCAUAAUUACGUGAUCUGUCUGAAUCUAGACAAACUGUGGUUGGUCUUAACUGCAGCUUAUGGAAACAAGCCAACUUCAAACCAGGAAGCUGGCUUGUUUCCAUAAACCAUACUUUAGAUUAAUCAUAGUUUAGGAUUCAGAAGUAAAACUAAGCUGCAAUUAAACAGCAAUGGAAGCAUAAGCGACUAACCUUAUGGCAAGGCUGUAGGGUAGGGAGGAGUGCACGAGUCCAGCACUCAUGCAUUGAACAAUAAACCAUUGUUUGUAUGUCCAAACUGGGUCACUGCAUACAGACACACAUUUUACACUAUAAAUAAAACACUUAAGAAAUUAUUUAAUUUUCAGCCAGAACAGCUGUCUGCUUCACCUGAUGUUUUUACUUGGUGCCGUCCUAAAGACAAUAUAAAAGAUGCUUGGCCUGAGACAACCUAUGGUAAGUACUUUUUUGUAUACAAAAGAUGUGUGCAAUUAUAGACAUAAACAUGUUUAUAUUUUACAAUGUGUAACUGCUACAGUGGCCUGAAUUUUGUCUCUGUUCUAGUUCAUAAAAAAUUCCGGUUUUUAACACAGUAUCUGAUUCCUUACAUUCUUGGUAACAGCAUAACACAUUUUUUGUAAAUAUUGCUAGUGAUGAGAUAAUUCUAAAAGAUCUUAGUGUUUUAACAGGAACAAAUGCUACUUGUGUAUUCCUUGCUUAUAUGUACCAUCUUCCUGACUGGGGAGUCUACAAAUCUUUUUGCCUCAUUCCUUACAAUCUAGACAUUUUGUGUUUCAUAUCUCUCACUUGACUUUAAAAAUACAACCUCAUACUCCUAUAAAGUCAGCCUUCACUGCUGACUGUGUUUUCAGGAAGUCUCACUGAGCUUAUGAUCUCUUAUUUCCCAUUUACACCCCUUGGAUUAUCUGCUCUGUUGCUUCCAGUAAUCCAUGGAUUAGAGUUGGAACCUGUUAGAGAAAAGCCGUGUUGAAAGCCAUUGCAAUUCCAUAUAGCGUUCUCUCGUGGUUUUACCACCUGUCAUGUUCAUUUGCAAUUAAGGCACUAUACUGCUUUGAAACAUUUUUGUUAGGUUUUUGGCAUUUGUGCAUACUUUUAUAUGGAUUUUUGUUUGUGUGUCAUAGUCUCUAGGGAUCAAAAACGAGGUCUCAAUUAUUGUUUAAGAGUCUCAGGGUAGAGCAUCAGAUAAGAGAGCCCUUUUCUUUGUAGAUCAUCCCCAGGGUGGAACGUAAUUUCCCUCUGUGAACUGUUCCGCUUGAGAGAAGAACCUUUCCACGUAAGAUAAUAUUAUCCACAUCCUUGUUUGCAGUGUGGCUUGAACUUUGGUGUAUCACAUCAUUCUCAUGUUAACUUUCCUAGUACCCAGAAUUUCUGUCUCUCCCUGUUCUGCUGAGUGGCAUGGAGGCUGCCCAGCAUGGCUUUUUCCCAUGUCACAAGCUUGCAGUCAUGCCAGAAGAGUUCAUGCAGCAAGAUUUAUAUCUUUUUAAAAUGUCAGAGUUACUUUAUUGUAUACCAGUAUGGGCAGUUGCUGGGACAGGAAUUUCUCCCACACGUCCACAGGCUUUCAGUGUUAACCUAGUGGCCCAUGAACCUAACAGUAACAUGAAAAAGAGGUCCUAUGUAAUUCUUUUUGCAGUGCAGUCCUUUACAUCAGUGGUUCCCAACCUUUUUUGUUUGUUGAUCCACAAGUUCAAAUUUACUUGAUAUGGUGACCCAUUAUUUUAUUGAUACAUACAUUUCAGACCUUAGGACUAAGGCAGCCAAUUAGUUUCAUGCAUUUUAACUGCAAAUUUGCCUUUUCUAUCCAAGUCAAUUAAUACCCCCAUUAAUGUGGGGGCGGGGAGUGUGGUGUUGAUACAGUCCCAAGGAUCAGAGGUUCCCUACCUCAGGUGUAUAGAAUUGCAGCCUAAUACUGUGACUCCUGUUAAUAGGUGUUACAGUAGAGACCCAAUCCAUUGCUAUUUGUUGUGAACUUACUUUUUUUACCUCUGUGCUGUGUUAAGUGAUAAUUACUAAUGAAUGAGGUUUUUUUAAUUUUAAAAAAAUGAACAUUGUUUCUAGUAUUUUUGUAUAUGUGGUUUUUUACCUGUAAGCAGCAUUUUGGUCAGAAAAUUGGAUGGAAAUACAUAUAAAUGCUAAUAAUAAUGUAAGCUAAUAAAUAAAGCUGAUCUUGAUUGUUAGUACUGUAUUGGCUUUAGGCUGCUUCCAGCGAGAUUUUAGUAAUAUGCUGCUGAUGUCUUAUAGCAGGCAUAGGCAAACUCAGCCCUCCAGAUGUUUUGGGACUACAACUCCCAUCAUCCCUAGCCAACAGGACCAGUGGUCAGGGAUGAUGGGAGCUGUAAUCCCAAAACAUCUGGAGGGCCGAGUUUCCCUAUGCCUGACUUAUAGGCUGGCUCAUUUCUGCUGCUGCCUCCCAGCUGCUCCAGUGUGGAGGCUCAGUUGUGGCUCCUGGUGUUAACUAAUGAGGUCACAUAGAAGUUGGGGGACCUGGGGGAAGAGAAGGAGAAUAAAUCUUCUGUGGAUUUUUAGGAGGCCUGGAGAGAGUUGGGAAUAGAAAUCAAUUCUCUCUCUGCAUGUACAUGCAGGAGUGGGACUUGGCCUUACAGUGGGACUAUAAGGGAGAAGGGUUGUUACUUAAAAGGACCCAGAGUGGGAAAGAAAAGAUGACAGGGAUUUUUUUUCCCCUUCUGUGAGGGAAUAGAGAUGACAACAGCCUGUAGGAGAGCAUGGAGCAGGGGGGAAAGAAGACAGAAUCCUUCUCUCCACUGGGGAGACAGGCCUGCCAUGGGGUGAAAAACUCUUAACAAGAUCCCAUGACAGUAAAACGGAAAGCUUAGAUACUAGAACAAACAUUAUUGUGCUUAUUUUUCCUAUUAAUUUUCUGGGACCCUUUUGUGUAGUUGCUUCCUGUUGGUCCUGAAAAAUCCUUAUAAGAUUAUAUUUAGUCCAUUUCCCAAAUGAUGCUCUCUUGUAAGGAGCUUCAUUUGAAGAAUGGAAGGAAGAUUAACACAUCCCCAAAAAAUUGAACCAGAAAAGCUGUUGUCUUAUGUGGAAAAUCUAUUCAGCAGAGAUAUUUCAAUGGAAGUAUCAUGUUUUAUCCCAAGUGUUUUACACUGCUGAAGCAUUCACGCAUCCAGAGACUGAUACAUUGGUUUGAAUAACUAAUUAUGUCCCAAACUCUAAAUUAUUUCACUGUCCAAACAGUUUAUGUGCUCAGUUACCAUUAAUACUGUGUGGUAAUCAAACAAGCCACUGUUCUCAGAGGUUGAGUUGAAGGUAGUGCAGUAGGACUAAUACUUUGGGGACUUUGAACAUUGGUAUUAUAAAUGUGCACUCUAAAAGCAAAAACUCGUAUUUGCAAAUUAGACAUUAUCUUAUUUUAUUUUUUAGAUCCUACCCUUCUUGGCAGUUAUAGACCCAAGAAUCGAAAAGUAAGUACUGAAAAGGAGGUUGCAUAAUUAAAGCUGAAUGUGAUGAGCUGAGUAAAACUAUCUUAGCUGAGUGGCUUCCUGCUGUAUAAUGUUAUUUCCUUACUAUUGACAAUUCUAUAUUUUGCGUUGUUAAAAUAUGACAGCCUCACAAAUUUUGAGGAAAAAUUGACAGCCACAAUGAACACGUAAAAUCUGAAGCUGCCUAGAUUAAUCUAUCUAGCCAAGUAUUGUCAGCUGCAACUUUCCAAGUCCUAACUCAAAGGACUGUCCUCUUAUCUUCUCAAGAUAAAUGUCAUUGCAUACAUUGAUUGUUGGACACUGACUUAUGCCAGUGUCAGUGACCUCUUUAUAAAUGAGGAUUCUGGUGAUGAUUCACAACUAAGGCUGCAAUCCUAACUCCACUUGUGGGGGACUAAGCCCCAAUGAAUUCAGUAGGAGUUACUUCUGAGUAGACUUGGUUAGGUUUGCUGCCCAAAUGAUCUAUUAGACACAAUCAAUUCACCAUCAUAUAGUGGCUCUUAGGACAGCCUAGUGAAUAAGCCUGAAAAAAUAUUUACUCCCUGCUAAGAGGCUUGUCACUUGUGUUUCCAUGGUGGCAAUGGAGAAGUCCUGUUCUCUAUGGCCAGCAUGAAAACACAGGUUACUAGCCCUCUAGCAGACUAAUAAAAACAAAAACCCCUGUGCCUUCUACCAAGUGGAUAAGCACAAAAGUGGUGGACUCAUCCUUCCUCCUGCUAUCCUGCUGCAUUUCCAUGCUGGUUUUGGAGAACUGCUCCAUCAACUGCAGCUUUUGAAGGUGUCGUGAAAGCUGCUUCCCUCAUUUAUUGUGAAAAUAUUGUGUAGUUGGAGGAAUUUGGCAGGGAUGAUUGGAGUAAAGUGAGUAUCUGCCUAAACUUCAAUCUCCUUGACAGUUGAGUAAUUUCUGUGCUCAAUUUUAAGGGUCGGUUAUCACCUCUAAAGACCUGAGCAGCUUGGACCCAAAAUAUUUAAGGAACUGUUUCUUCCCAUACGUUCUUGUCCUCUGUCCUAGGACAAUGGAAGAGGCCAUUUUUCUGUGUUCCAGCGCCAUCCAAAUUUCAGUAGGCAGUAACACAGGCAAGGGGCUUCACUUCCGUAGGGCUAUGGAACUUUGGGAGAUCCUUCUAUCUGGCUUCCUCUCUGAUGGAUUCCAGCUCAAAAUGUUUACAUUCUGGCAUGCCUGUGGCCUGAGAGGUUUCUGCUUUGUUUUUUCUAAACUGUUUUUAUAAUGUGUUUAUUUUAGAUAUAUGUUGAAGUUAGGCACCUUGAGACAAGCACACUGUUUUAAAAUUUAUAUUCUAUCUUGACUUGGGCAAUCCUGCCAUUCAUUGCUUAAAUCUCAAAAAAGGAUUUUAUUUGAAGGCAUGUUGUUUCAUUUUCAUUGCAUCUAAAUCUUGGUAGAAUCUCAUUUACUGUGACAUUCUACUAAAUAUGGCCAACACUUUUGUCUUAGGGUUGCAUCCAACAGUCAUCCCAUUAGCACAAUUCUGCCUAUGCAGUGGAAUCUCCCCUCUCUCUUCUAUCCCUGCUUGCUCUCAGUCUGUUCAGGAAGGCUUGUUGUGCAGAUGUUGUGCACUAAUAAGACAAAUAUGCUGGGAACAACCCCUUACCUUGAAGAAAUUAAAUAAAACAUCCUUCAGGCAGAAUUUUCAAAAUCUGAAGUGGAAAUUUCAGAUAUGUGGAUGACCUGAGAAAUGGCAUUUAGGAUAUAAAGGACUGUGAUUCCUUGGUUGUAGUGUUCUAGCUAUUUCUGCUGCUUCAGAGUUUUAAUAUACAAAAACAAUGUUUUCAUUGUACUGCAAUACUCAGUACUGUAGUACUCAGGUAUAGCCAAGAUGUUAAACAUACUAUGUAUCUUUCUUAAAAAUUAUGCUCCUCUUUUUUUUGUUUCCGGCAGGCUACCAGGUCACAUUCUGAUAAAGACCUUCAUAGUUUUUCUCACAGUUACGAUGAACACUUGAUUUCGAGUAUAGCUGGUAGGCAGCUCCAUUCAACUCAACUGCUAAUGCAUUCAGCACCUCCACAACUGCAGAAGUAUUACUCAACUCCUAUGUUUAAUUGCUUAUCUCUUAGAGAAAGGUAAUGUCAUUUAUCCACAAAAUCUGAACAAAUGUGCUGUCUUCUCAGUGUUACCUGUAUUUUUAGUAUUUCGGGUGGUUGGUUCUUUUACCGAUAGGUUAACAACUUAAGGUUAGUUGGAGUAUUGGCACAUUUCUGGUAUGGUGAUAAUUAAAAUCUUAGGAUGAAGUGUCUCUAGCAGUAUGCCCGUGUAGUGAUAUAUAAGCCAUGCAGCAACUUUGGCUUUAAAUAUAUUAAUUUGGCAUUCAAGGCAGAUAUUCCAGAGUUGAGAUGCAAAGCAACUGACCCUAUUCAAGUACUCCUACUGGUACAGUCCAGCUGGGGAACGCUGUUACCUUCAUUUCAUAAAUGCCUUUAAUUCCCAUUGUAUGUACAGUACUAUUCAGUUCAGUGUUGAGGGUUAAAACAGUCAGCCACUUUCAGCAGGUCAAUUAUAUGUCAUCUAUCACAUUCCAAAUUUCCCCUCAGCUUCAUCAGUGGCUUGCAUUUCUGACUGCAAGAGGCUGGUGGGGAAGGUACACCAAGUGGAAAUACCUUGACACUGGAAGUUGCAUUUGCCUGUUUUGCCUCUCCCACCUUGCAGGUAUUUUAUUCACUUGAGAACUACUUGAGCUAGGGACAUGAGCCAAAGUGCUCUUGUUCUGUGGCUCUUUCCCUGUUGUUGAUGCUAUGGCACCAAGGUCUGCAGUGUCAGCUACAGUCGUAUUAAUCCUGACUCCUUGGAGUGGAUGGCAAUGUGCUCUCUGUAUGGAAGUGGUCUGAGUGGCAUGGGCACCUUGUUGUGAGCGGGCGGAUUCCACUGGAUAGUGGAAUGCUAGUUUUGUAUUUGGUCUCUGGCAUUUUGUAUUAUUGUAUUUUUGCUGAUGUUGUCUUGGUUGUUUGUAACUGAUGAAGUGACAUUAUGUUACAUUGUGGAUAUUAUCUUACAUGCAAAACAGAUUCUUUAAUUUUGUUUAUAAAAAUUGUCAUUUUUUAACCAUUCAAAAUAUUACAAUGUGACUUUUUCCGUACAUUUUGUCAUUCCUAUGGUUGUAAAGUGCCUUGGGUACUGUAAUGUAGAAAGGUGUUAUAUAAAUUAAUCUGAAUUGAAUUGCUAUGAUUGUGUUGCAGAUGUCUGACACAGACUGCAGAGGAAUUGGGAAUGGUGGAAGCACUUGGUUCUGUUCCAAAAUGGUUUUGCAGAAUCUAUUCAUUUCUCUUUGUCAAAACUCCUGAAUGAUUGUGAGAUUUAAAAUAGAUUCUGCUAUUUAUUCUGGACAUGUAUGCAUGUCUGGAGCUUCAGAUGUGGCAAGUGAAAGAUGACAGUGCUACUUCUUCAUCACUCCUGAGGUCUCAUGGUGAGUGUUGUGCUUCCUGGGGAAGUGUCUACACUGCCUGCAGUGUGCCUCAUGCCAAUUUUGGAACAGGCCCAGAUCCCACCGCAAAGAGACAUAUCCUGGAGACAUUUUAGAAAUGUUUCCAUCUCAGCUGGUACCUGAGGUUCUGGCUGAGACUGUGGGUUGGAACAUAACUUCUACCAAGAAUGGACAACUACCCCCAGCUCACCUGUAAAAAUAAAAAAUAUUCCCCCCCCCAAGCUCUCCACCAGGAACUCCCCCCUCCAAAUAAACACAUUUAAGAACAAAGCAGGAAGGUAACUAGCAACAGGAAACACUUUUCUCGCAUCUCCAUUAACUAGAAAUGACUUGGAAGCAUUGGGGUUUUUUGUCAGGGAUGGUGAAACUUGUAGUUUUCUUUGCUUCCCGAACUGAACUAAGAGAUGGGAGAAAUGACAAACAAAAUCCCACAUUCCUUGACCUCUGAGUCAUUUCCAGUUAAGGAGAGGCUAGAAAGGUCCCUACUGAUGAAUCUGGAUGAAUUUGAAAUGGGACUAAAAGGAGUCCUGCCUCAAGAUUUUCCCACAACAAGCAUGCAAUGCUCUUCUCUGUUUCGUGCUGAUUCUGAAUAGCAGCAACUGAGGUGAAGAUGUGGCCUUAGAAGACAAUAAGAGUCUGAGCUACAAAUAAGGCAGUCUGAUACAGAUAUCCAUCUUACGUAUAGACAUCUCAGUAAGCUAGAAAAUGGAUUCUCUCGGCUACAGAUCUCAGUCAUUGAGAUGGAGCUGUGAGCAGAGUGCCAAUGAUUUUACGAGGUGAUACAGGCAUAGAGAGAGGCUUACAGUUUCCUGUCGUUAUAGGGGACUGCAUAUCUUGGGGAUUGAUUCACCCAGAGUGAUGUGACCUUGUCUGUUCUGCAGUUGACAGGCAUCAAAAACUGCCUGGCUGGCCUAGAGAAACAGGAAGGUGCAGCUCAUCACGAGCAGUUACUCUUGGCCUCUGUAACUUGUCUGAUAUGGUUCAUCAAGACUUGAUCUUGUCUGCUGUAGGUCAGAACAAUAGAUUUCCAAAGUGUUUCUUGAGAAGGUUGGUUAUUGUAAUGCUCACCACAUCAUUCUUUGUAUGCCAGAUGCUCUAACCUACUUCCUUUCAUACUCAGACUACUGUGAAAUAUUUGUCAAAACAGAUGGAGUGAUUUUACUUGAAAUGGCAGUAGGUUUGGCAGCCUCCAUUUGUGUUUUUAAUGCUUUCCAGAGGUGAUCUGUUCAUACAACUUUCCAAAAGCUGGUAUGGUAGCGCAGGAUAUCCACAAGCACUUGGGAAUCAUAGAAUCAUAGAAUCAUAGAGUUGGAAGAGACCACAAGGGCCAUCGAGUCCAACCCCCUGCCAAGCAGGAAACACCAUCAGAGCACUCCUGACAUAUGGUUGUCAAGCCUCUGCUUAAAGACCUCCAAAGAAGGAGACUCCACCACACUCCUUGGCAGCAAAUUCCACUGUCGAACAGCUCUUACUGUCAGGAAGUUCUUCCUAAUGUUUAGGUGGAAUCUUCUUUCUUGUAGUUUGGAUCCAUUGCUCCGUGUCCGCUUCUCUGGAGCAGCAGAAAACAACCUUUCUCCCUCCUCUAUGUGACAUCCUUUUAUAUAUUUGAACAUUUUUUCCAUCACAGUGUCCAUUGUUCUGUGGGCAAGGGGAGACAUUGGCUACCUUCCUCCUCACUGGAUGUGGUGUGGCAGUGCCUUCUGGAUGAGUAGUUUGGUGGGGAGGCCCAGUAUCCAAGCCAUGAGCAACUCUUUUAAAUACAGGUGUUCAGGCUGGUAAACAUUUUGUACUUAACUUGGAAAGCUGUAGUGUGCUGUUGAUAGGGAGACAGAAAGCUGUAGAAAAGCUUUUCUUUUUAGCAGCACUCUUUCCACUGCACGCCCAACUGCAUUUACCUCCAGAAAGAAAAUUACAAGCAGUACAAACACAUUCCUUUUUCUGGCAAGAAUGACCAGGGUGAACCUGAAACAGUAUCUGAAUCUCUUUGCUUUCUAGGAUUAUGAAACAAAGUGAAGGAUGGGAGGCCCCUGAGCAGGCACAGGGAGUCUUCAUUUCCUGUGUUCCCUCCUUAAGCCCAGCCUAAUGUGUAAAUCAGGCCUAAAUUCACUGGGAGGGGGAAUCAUAAGCGACCUCAUUUUAUCUAAUCUCUGUUUGAUUUAAUUAAUUCUUGUUGCAUUGUUUCUGAUUUCGUAUGGUUUGAUAUAGCUGUCUUCUAUUGGAUUAUUCCAGGGCUAAUUUCUUGGCAUCUAAAAGUACUCCUUGUGUACUGAAUGACUCUUGCUAGGCCAUAUUACGUUUAAAUUAAAUCUGGUUUUGUUAAUGAGCAUAAUUGCAUUGGUAAGCUCUCAGAGAUUCGCUUUUGCAGUUGUAGUUAUCCAUGGAGCAAUUUCUCCCCUUCUCUCCCCCGCCCUUUCUACAACAGUUGCUUGCUCAGUAGAUGUGCAUCUGCUACUAUAGUACUUUAUUGAUUUUUACCCUGUGAUAGUUUGUCCUUGUAUGUUUUUUCCUCCUUCUCCUCUCAGCACAAAUCCUCUGCCUUUUGAAACUGAUAAAUUCUUCAUGGAAGCCACAGAAGUGCAAUUGCACUUCUUGUUGUGAUGCACUAUGGCAGGGGGAAAGCACUACAUUAAGAGCCACAAAUGAUUUUUGCAGAAUGUGCCUAUAAUAACUUUGUUGAUAUGAGAUACAUUAGUAUUCCUUGCUAAUAGAGGAUUUGAGCAUUUAUUGCUAGAAAUGCUGUCUCUGAAAAUACAUACCCAUUGCAAACUAUAGAGUGGUAAGCUUCUAUUUAAACAGUCCAUGUGAACAAAUCUUAUUUGUUGUACAUCUGAGGUUGCGGUCAUAUAGGCACUUACCUGCAAGUAAGACUCAUUUUGAAUUUACUUCAGAGUAGACAUGAAUAGGAUUUCACUUAAAUUGUCUACCUUAUCCCGAUGAAUAUGUAAAAUUUAGAUUGGCCACAUUGAUAAGAUUUCUGGAUUUGUUCCUUGAUUCUUUUUGCUGAAAAUACAACUCAUUUUUUAAAAGUCCUUAUAAAAGAGGGAAAAUGCUUUUAGCUACAUUACAACAGAAAAUAGUUUGUUCUGUUGAUUGCUCUCGACAUAGCAUCUUUGAAAUGAAUUAUGAGUAGUUCUAUAUUGAUCUGGCUUACUCUAGGUCACCGAGCUAUAUAUCCAAAGUGUUUAUACAAUCUGUUGGAAUCGAUAAACAAUUUAAACUGAUGUAACCGCAGAAUGUUUGCUAGUCCCGAGGAAAAUUGGAAGUAUGACAAAGAAUACAGUUGUAGAAGUUUAUUUGGUUUUGUCAGAGUAAAAUAAUAUGACCAUUCUGGCAGCACUGCAAGAAACUACCAACACCUUAAUCCCAUAUGUAAGAAGUUGGUGGUUUUGCACAAGCAUUAUUUGAGUCUUUAUGCUUUAGAAAUUCUGUUUAUUUAUAGUUUUAAGAAAUUGCUUUUUGAAAAUGAGCUUCAGAGGAUAACUCCAGUAGGAGUUGCACAUCAUAAAAUGGUUUCAAUUUAGAUUAUGGGUGUUAAAUUUUAGCUUUAGCUUUGUUGUAUGGUGAAUUUGGGUGGUGUAAAUAUUAAUGUAAUGGCUUAAAGUGUGGAUUAGGUUUUAUAGUUAUGUCUAAAAUUAGACAAUUAAAAAGGAGCUGAUACUGUUUUUAUUAAUACCUAAAUUUUUGAAUGUAGAAAAUUGAGGUGUGUGUGAUGAGUGAACAUUUCUUAUGCCACAGCGCACACUAGUGGAUUAUUUUGUCAUUUCACUAAAGAAAUGUCCAUAGGGAUUUACAGGGGGUUUUUUGUUUUAAAGGGCGAUAUUAGUCCUCACUUUGUCCCUCUCAGGGUUAAUAUUGUGACAAUUACAGGAAGCUUCAGUUUGUGACAAAUACAGUGCAUCAGAUAAUUGGAAAAUGAAGCACAAUUGGCUUCAAAGUCGUGUUGAAAUCAUGCUUCGUAACCAUGUUUAGCAUUGUGCUGUACAUCUCUUUGCCCCCUCAUUUAGUAAACAUCAAUACUUAUAGAUAUUUUCUUUUUUGAAUAUUUUAGAAAUUUAGCUAAUGAAUAUGCAGAAAUCAAUAUUUGCUUAAUAUAUUCCUCUAACGUAGCAUAUAUUGCAGAAUAUAUGCUAUACGUUACUGGAAUUAACAGUAAAUUUUACACUUGAUAAAAUGAGGCCAUCAUAAGUGAGAACCAUUUGACUUUGUAGCCAUUUUUAAACAUCAAACGGUGCCCAUAACUUAAAAUCUUCCCUUUUUCUCUUUUGAUUAUAGGUUUCGUUCUGGCUGGAGUGCAACAGUAAAUGGAGAAGAGAUCCAUAAACGAGUGAGAAAUAUUUUAAGGACUCACAGUGCAAGGCAAAGGCUAACUUUUGUACGUUUUCCUCUAAAGUGUUAUGGAGAAAAUACCCACCCACCCCCGCUUUUUUAAAAAAUGUUUCCUUUCAUUAGUACAUGGGGAGAACUCAAAAAUAGGAAUUUUAUAACAUAUAUGAACAAUUUUUGCCAUUGAACAUUGUAUCUGUCAUGGAACUAUUCUAUUCAUGACAUUAUGUCUUUAUGUACAAAUUGCUUUGUGAAACCCAUUGUAUCUUUGGGUCCUCAGCAGGAUCACAUGGUGACCUCUGGCCACCCAUUUGCAGAUGCUCCCUUUUCUUCCUUACCUUUCUGUUUUCUUGUUCCCAUCCCUUCCUCACAUGUCAAUGGAAGAGCCAGUAGUUUGCUUACCUUACGCUGCAUUGCCACUGUUUUCAUGUCUCUGAUGGCUGUUAAGUGUUCGUUUUGAUCAAGAUUUAAUUUUUUAAAUAAAAUAAAAAUACAUAUAAUUGUGUUUCUUUUUUUAAAGGACUACAUUUUUCAGUCACAUGAGAUUAUCAUCUUUGUAUUGAUUCCUUAGGAUGAGAGUUGUUUGUCAAAAGAUGAUUCUGCUAAGUCAAGAGACUCUAGUAAGACAGAAGAUUCCAAUAAGAAGAAAGACAUUUCAGACAGAGACCGUUUAAGCCACAGUGAUCUUCAGAGCAGGUAAAGCUCCUAUUCCUAUUAUACCCCCUUGUCCUAGCCCACACUUAGCUUUUCCAUUCACUGCUGUCACUGCAAUUGUUACCAAAAUACUCCUUAUCUAUGCCUGUUGCAGUUGGAAUAAAUUAUACAAGUGAACUAGACUUGUAUAACUUUCUAAACAAUCCAUGCACAGACUUGGUUUACACUUGAAACACAGCCCACCAUAACCUUAGGCACUCUUAAGUUUAUUGAUUUAAUCUGCCGCUAUUCUCUUCCUUUUCAUGUUGCCAGAAUAAUAUGAGAAGCCAGGGCUGCUUCUCUUACUAUCCUGUCAACACCUCCCCUGCCUCUCAUACUCUAAGCCUCGUCUUGUCAGCUGAUGCAAGCAAAGCUAUGUGCAUAUGUCUGGUGAUAGUUUGGGACACGGGGAUCAUUUUGGGACCUACAGGCAUGAAUAAAGAAUCUGCAACAACUACUGCCUGCCACAGCAUUAGCGAAAACGAUGGACUUUGAAAUGUCAUAUGCAAGUAGGGUCUGGGCAUUGAUGGGUUCAUCACAUUCUGUAGAGCAGUCAUGAGAGUUGGGGAUAAAGAAAGGGACUCAAGGACAUUCUGACAGCUUGAAGUCUGCCAGCAUCCUCAUAAAUAACCGUACCAAGGCAGAGUUCAGAGGAGAAUGUAGUUUUGCUGACCAAAUGUUCACACUAAAGUAAAUGAUUGAAAACCAUUGGGACUGCACAGAAGGUCCGUGAUGCUGAAAUAUUUAAAGUGCAAGUGACUUUGAAAGGAACUUGUGGGACUCUAAAGGAGAUGGAACAAAAGCAUGUGACAGGUAUAUGACAGGUAUUUCCGAAAGUGGAGCUGAGUGCAGCUACCCUGCUCUUAAUAUGAUUUGUGCAUGUAAUCCCCAGAUCACUUCAGCUCAGCUUGUCAGGAUAGUUUCCAGUUAAGGCAGCAGACUGACGUUUUUCUAACAUGGAUGUAGCUAUGUCCAUUCCACUGUUGAAUUUCUUAUGAGGAAGGGAUGACUAAUGGCCAUGCACCAAAAGUGAGCACACUCAAAAAGUGUGACAUUGUCAGUAUGUUGACGUGGAAAUCACAGGAAGUGCUGCCGCUUUUCAUGAGCAUAUAUCAGACUGUCAUGAUGACUGUGGUUCUAGGUGAAAAAGUAUGGAUUUUAUGGAACCAGAGUUAUGGGUGCUAUUCCUCAUACUGUGCUCCUGCUCUGCCUUCAUUCACUGCAUUUUACCUUACUAAUAAGUAGUACAUGGUCAGCUGGGCUUCAAAUAUAAGGCUAAAGCCAGCGAGUUUUAUCAUGGUCUUCUUUAAAAGGACCAUUACAUGGCUAUAUAGCACUGAUAAACAGUUCCUUUUUCUCAUCCACUUUAGCAUCCACGAAAUAUGUAUAUAUAUGUGUGUGUGUUUUAUUUAUGGUAUUAAUAUACCUUAAAUAGGUGGACCUCACAUAAGAUUAUUGGCACAAUAAGCAAUAAUUAAAAGGUUACAAUAAAAUAGACAAUACAACAGUUUAGAAGCAGCUGUAUCGGCUUCUUCUCUGCUCCCCUCAGGGCAAAAUGAAACUAAUCUGCUGGUCAAUUCAGUUGUCUCUCAUCUAAAGGAUAAAUCAUAUGCUGCCUGCUGUGAUGCAAGUUAUCACCUACAUUUUAAAAUUAUCUGCAUUCAGCCUGACUUAAGUUCUGAGCUGCUUCUUAGAUUGGAGGUCAGGACAGAAUUAUGGAAAACUUGGUAUUUGAAUCAAGCAGUGGGUCUUGCACUCAAAUGCUGACAAGGUGCUUAGGGCACAAUCAACUCACAAGCAGGUAUGAUAUUUAUCUUGACCAGUGAAAGCCAUCCAGGAGAUGCUGACUCAUCUACUAGUUGAAAUGACCAGUAUCUCUUUUUAUGAUAAAAGUGUAGAAAACUGUGACUUGGGAGCCACUAUUCGUAUGGUAGCAUUCCAUACUAUUAGGGUAGGUGACUAUAGCAGGCAUGUGGCUAGGGUCUAUUAGAGUGCUUGUUGUGGAAGACCAAUAUAAUCGGCCCUGUCCAAAUAGUAACUUAAUUCAGUGGUGCAGAAAAGGCUCAGAAGCCACCAGGUGCGUGUUGGAGACUGGGUAGAUCAAAACCUAUAAAAAUAAUCUUGGGCUCAUAGAUGCCGAGGUGAUUGACAAAGUGACUGUAUCAGAAACUAAUCAAGUGAAUACAAACAUAUCUGCACAUAGAAAGAAAUGACACUGAACAGUCACUUUCCAUAUUUAUGAAACUAUAGAAGGAUCCAGUAUAUUUCUGAGGUGAGACAUCUGUAGAAUAUACUCAGAAAGUGCAGUCAGGACAGGUUUUCUUUAAUACUGUCUAUUUUGAAAAUAGCUGUGUAAACAAACCUUGUAGGCUUCACUCAAGUGCCUAUGCUACUUAAAGAGUAAUCAAAUAAUAAAUGUCCUUCACUCUUUUCCUUUUUCAAAAGAUCACAUUUUAAUAGAUGUAUGUUUGGGGUUUUUUUGGGUAAUGCUAGUUCAUCUAUACGGCAGAGCAUCAUGGUUCAACUGGAUGAUGAUGACUAUUGGACUAGUCAAGCUGCAGAAUAUAAAAGCAAACCCCACAGAGCAAUAUUUGAAGACAGUCUACAGAAAAUCUAUCGAAAUAUGUACCGAAAAGCUUCUGGAUCAAAAUCAAAGAAUAAAUAAAUUCCUGAUAGAGAUGCAGGUGAAAAUGAACAGUAUAAAAGAUCAAUAUUUUUAAUGAAAAUGUUGUGUGUCUAACAAAUGUCUCUCUCUCUCUCUCUCUCUGUCUCUGUUUUUAUAUGAGUUUGUGAAAUUCUGAGGCUGGGACUCUCAACAGGAAAAUAAAUAAAAUCUGGAGGGUUUUAAGUAGGGUACAUUGUUUGUUUAUGGGAUUUAUAGGCAUGUUAGUAGUUUUGGCUCCCCAUUUCUAAAGCAUCUGGCUUCCAAUUGAAUUAGGAUAAAUCGCACACAUCUUCACUACAUCGCUGUCCAUGUAGGUAUGUGUCUUGCCUAGAGCACUAAUAGAGGCACAUGUGGGAACAGUUGUUCUAUGGUUGCAAUGUGUUUCCAUUACUGUGCUACUGAAAAGUAUCUGUUGGGCUCUUUUUCAGGGGUGUUAUAUCAUUCAGCAUGUCACCGAAAAUCUGUGGAUCUUGCAAGGGUCUCUGGGCAAGUGGUGGGGAAGCCAUGGACCUUUGUGUACUGGAUGAUUGUGUAAGUUCACUGUUGUGAAUAGUGAGGAACAGAGAUUGCAUUCAUUAUCAAUACAAGCAGCUAAUAAUAAUGAUAAUGCCUACUUGGAAUAACCACCACCACCUACAGGACAUAUGAGAGUUGGGGAUGAGGGAGAGUGAACAUAAGAAGCCUAAUACAGUAUUCAGAAUUGUUUUAUAUUAUAAGACCUGAAAUAUUGUCAUAUGAACAAUAGACCUUCCAUAUUUUGUUGUAAAAAU